AGUCUUUAACGAACGCUUACCAACAAUACAAAUAUCGUCAACAACAGCAACAGCAAAAUCACAAGACAAAUCAUAAUAAGUCUGUGUGCUGUUUACAAUCCGCAUCGACCGUUCUCGUCUCUCUAAAUCCGAAUAAUCACGGAACUUUGUGUGCCAAAGGAAACUCUUUCCGUCUGCUUCGUCGCACAAUCUCAAUAACAUAAUAACAGAAUCAUAAAACAGCAAUAGGCAUUCUUCAAGUUGUGUGUGAGUGUGCAACGGCAUCCGUUUGGCAAAAUAUGGAUAAAUGGAAGGGAAAGGUGGCUCUUGUAACCGGAGCAAGUGUGGGAAUCGGCGCAAAUAUCACAAAAGCUUUAGCCAAUUCGGGCAUUACAGUCAUUGGAUUAGGCAGGCGUGUUGAUGCAAUUCAAGAUUUAGCCAAUCAAAUUCAAGCGGAGAAUUCGUGUGGGAAAAUCAUCCCGAAAAAGUGUGAUGUUACGAACGAAGCGGAAGUAUUGUCGGUUUUCAAUUGGGUCAAAGAGAAAUUCGGCCAUUUGGAUAUAUUCGUUAAUAAUGCUGGUGUUAUUAAAUCUGACAUGCUAUUAGAGGGUAAAACUGAAGAUUUUAAGAAUAUCUUCGAUGUGAAUGUCAUUUCGGCUUGCGUAUGCAUUCGCGAAGCUGUAAAAUUAAUCAAAGCCAAUGGCAGUUUCGGACACGUCAUCGUUAUUAAUAGUAUUUUGGGACAUCGCAUACCUGAUUUACCUAUUCCAUUGUUCAACGUGUACCCGGCAUCCAAAUUCGCAUUGACAGCAAUAACGCAAACUAUCCGACAGGAGUUAGCAUUUCAUCAGGCCAAUAUUAAGUUAACGUCGGUGAGUCCAGGCAUGGUGAACACUGAGUUUUUAACGGCAUAUAAUUCAUCAUUUUAUGCGGGUCUUCCACAGCUUAAAACCGAUGAUGUAACAGCUGCAGUCUUAUAUGCGCUCAGCACGUCGGAACAAACACAGGUUGAGGAAAUCAUUCUACAGGCGAUACCAGAGUACUGUUAACUUGACAUUUUCCAACCGGAAGUCAAGAGCAUUGAACACAUGCUCUUUUUUAUUGGCCGUUAAAAGCAAAGAUUCGAUAAAUAUUUUUCUUCAAUUGAAAGCGAAAUAAAACCAAUACGAAUAUCUGGAAAUCCGUUUGGAAAGCUUUAAAUAAAGAGAAACCAUGUGAAAGCAUUUUAUUGAU